AUGUUUCAAGGUUCUACGUUUUUGAUAAUCAAGAGCCAUUCAGAUUUUGCGGAUGUGGCAAAAACUGAUCAUAAUAGGAGUCUUGAUCUGCUCGCAACUGUGCUCCAAGAAAAUGAUGCUAACGUUCUAGUUAAAGAAGACCACGCAAACAACGUCAACUACCUUGAAAGUGGUGAUAAUGACACUGAGAUACCCACACACAUAAUCUCUUAUACUACUCAGUUUAUAGAGUAUCUGUUGGCACUUACAUGUAUGAUCCCAGUGACUACCCCAGAGUGGGUGUGGGACCUGUUGGAUCAGGGCCGAUUGUUAAAUCCGAAGAACUACAACCCAGACCUGAAGUACUUUUUGAAAGAUGUUUUUGUAUGUGUGGCAGACAAUCUACCAUCGGGGGACAAAGAGAUAAUAUAUGGUGGAGUUAGGGCGUUUGGGGGCCAGUAUUUGGAUGAUCUUACUAGGUACACCACCCAUUUAAUUGCAAUGGAUAUGAGCAACGAUAAGAGUGUGAUUGCAGCCAGUGCAGUGGGGGAAAUAAAUAUCAAAAUCGUGAAACCCGAAUGGAUCGAUGAAUGCUUAAAAAUGGGUAAAAAGGUGCAUGAAGGGCCAUAUUUGCUUGCAGGAUCAGAAGACAGCAACGGUAAUAUCAACGGAGCUGAGGAUGAGGGCGCCGGUUCUCUUCUUUUCUCUUCCCCUUUGACUAGUUCCUUCCAGUCGUCGUUUCUUGAAUCAAAAACCUUUUAUAUUUCUAACGAUUGCAAUAUAUCACCUAGGCUCUUGGACACGAUAUCUUCGAUAAUUGUAUCCAAUGGCGGGUCGAUAGCCACCAUCUUUAAUACUGACACAGUUGACGUCUACAUUGGGAACUACAGAUCUGGAGUUGAAUUUGUGGAAAGCUCCAAAUCCAACAGAAUCAUUGUAGGAACUUUGCAGUGGCUCUAUUCGAUCAUCAUUUCUGGUAAGUGGGUAUUGCCAUUAAAUUCCAACCUACUCCAUUAUCCUGUUCCGUUAAACAAAUUAUCAGAUUUCAGCAAGUUAAAAAUUUGCAUUACAAACUAUACUGGUGAAGCUAGAUUUUACUUGAGUAAAUUGAUAACGAUCAUGGGGGGAGAAUUCACCAAGACGCUUACAAGAGAUAAUGAUUUUUUGAUUGCUGCAAGUCCUACAGGUAAGAAAUAUGAAGCUGCUAAAUAUAAGUGGCAGGAUGGGAAUAUUAAGAUAGUGAAUCAUGUGUGGUUGGAAGAAUGUUAUAGCAAUUGGAAGGUAAUGGACUGGAAUGAAAAGUACUAUCAAUCGUUCGGUGGUGAAGACAGGGGUGUUGAAAGAUUAAUUGGGAGAAUUCACAUCAAUAGCAGCAUACUAAGGAAUUGGUGGGAUGAAGUCGAUGACAGUAUGAGUGAGGAUGAACUGAAGGAACUGAAAGAUGUGAAAGAGUCAAAGUCAAAGACAAUAAGUAAAAAGAAAAGUACUAAAAAGGUGAAAGAGGUGAAAGAAGAUAUAAAAGAUGAAGUUAAGUCCCUGGAAACGGGAAGAGAUGAGAUUAACUCGCUGAAAUCAUCAAAGGAAAAGGCUAAAACUACGAAAAAUCAAAAGGUCGCUACGCCACCGGCAGCUAAUGUUCAAGAAAAUAAUGAACCAGAAACUAAGGAUGACAAGAGUCUUACCAGUCCUCAAACUUCAACUUCAACACCUGGAAAAACUUCAGACAAAGAAAACUCGCCAUUGAGAGGAGGGAGAUCAGCUGCGAAGAAGGCAGCUGCAAAGCUUCAUUCUGAUAUGGCAGACUUGAAUAACUAUCAACAGAUGAAAAAGAACCCCAACAAAAUGAAGCAUUAUCUUGACGAACUUCAAGGCGAAAGCUCCACACCUUCCAAGAAACUGAAGGUGAAACUGAAAGCAGCGCCUCUUAUGAUUGCACUCACUACUGGAUGUGAGCAAGAUCUUGACUUGACUCCGACUAAGGUUUCGACGCUUGCUGAGCUUGGAAUUACAAUAUUAAACGACUUCUCUGAGAUGCAUCCCGUUGAUACUCUUGUGGCACCUAGGAUCAUGAGAACGGAAAAAUUUCUCAAAUGUUUGAGUCAAGUGAACCAAAUCAUACAUCCCAGUUAUAUUUCAGGUAUUUUGAAAAAGCUCGACAGUCCUACAAGCUCUACAGAUUUAACUACCUCAGAAAGUUUAUCAAAAGAAUUCAAAAUUGAAGACUAUACACUUGAUAAGAUCUUAGGGGUUAAAGCAAUCAACCAAGAGUUGGGAUUCAGUGCCACUUCAAGUGUCAACGGAUUAAAUAAAUUGCUUACAUCAUCUUUGAAGGGUAAGGUAUUCCAGAACAUGAAAUUUAAUUUAAGCACUAAUUUGAAUGGUGGUACAGCAGUAAUCACCAAGAUCUUGGAAGCACAUGGAUGUUCAGAGACGAUGGUUGUUAAAAACAUUAACCCCAAUGCAAAAAAUGUUCUCUUAUGGACAGAUGUAGCAGAGAACGAACAGAUUUAUAUUGCUCAUAAAGUCAAAGACGCCAAAGCAAUAUUGAAUUUCAAAAGAUCCUUUCCUAAAGGCGUGGUUCUCGACUGGGACUGGUGCGUUAAGCUGAUAUUUAAGAUGAAGAAAGAAGAGUACAAGAAGUAUAAGUUGUGA